AGGGUUUGGGGUAUUUUAAAUACCUGGGUGGUUGCUCUCGUGGCCUUAGUUCUUCAGUCUUCACUUACAGGUCGCCAUCUCUGGAUCUCUCGAGUAUCUCCGCCACUUCACGCUUCUCGGUAUACCUCGAGAAUCUCACUCACAUCGAGCAUCUCCUCUGGCUUCGAGCACUUCUGGUCGGCCUCAGCAUCUCGACACACCACAGUGUCCAACGUCCAACACCAGGAAAAGCCGCUUCCACCGCUCUUCCCAACUCUCGACCUUAAUUCACGACAAUGUGGCAGCCAUUCACCAGCUCGCUCAAGCGCAUCGGGCGCAGCAACCAGCAGUCCAACGAAUCCGACACGCUCCCCACCACAAACACGACCAAAACCGCCACCACGCCAACCACACCCCCCACCCCCACGAACCCGACAGCGCUCUUCCGCCAGCACGUCCGCUCCCCACCAUACACGCCCGCCGUCCCCGGCGCCAUAGAACUAACGCCCUACCCACCACACGGCAUCCCCACGCCCAACUCAUUCCCCUCCUCGCCUGUACUCAACCCCAACCCCAACUCCACCACAACCACAACCACCACCCCCUUCACCCCCGACCCAACCUACACGCCCUACCCCGCGACCGCCACCGCCGCCGCCGAAAACAGCCUCGCCGCCCUCCUCGCCCGCCACGCCCUGCUCGUCUCGUACCCAACCUUCCAGGCACUGCUGCGCCUGCCAGACGACGCGGCGCGCGAGCUGCGCGUCCGGAAGUUGAAGGUCGAGAGCGAGAGGGCGAGCGAGAGUGAGCGGCCUAGCGGGAGUGAGCGGCUUCCCGUACGCUCGCUCUUGGCUGCGGACAGAGUCACUAUCCCGCGCCACGAGCAAGCCAACAGCAAUAGCAACGGCUACGACUACGGAUACGGCUACGGCUACGGCUACAGCAGCCCCACGCCCACGCGCUACGGCUACGGCGUCCACGUCGUCGAGGGUGGCGAAGGCGAUGUCGGCGAUGCGCGCCUCGAGCGCCAGGACCAGGGGUGGCUGGACUGGACGAGGCGGGUGCGUGGCGCGCCUGCCGUCCCUAAAACUCCUACUCCCUCCCCUACUGUCCCCGCAGCUCCCGCUGCCGCUGCAACAGUAACGACAGGCGCGCCUUGCGCGUGGCGCUCGCGCCGCUCACAGCGCCUUAACCACCUGCGGGGGCUGGACCUGGAGAACGGCACCAUCAACAACACCGCCAGCAGCAGCGCGCUCCUAACAGAAACGCACGCGCCCCUCUCCCCCCUAGGCUGCCAAAGACAGCGCUACAAGGCCGGCUGCCGCCGCUUCUGCACCGCCGCGCUCGUCGUCGCCGUUAUUGUGCUCGUCGUGGGCGGCGGCACGGCGUUUGCGGCGUGGGUGAGUGGGAGUUUGGGCGAGGUGCGGGAGGGGAGUGAGCCGUUUGAGGGGGAGGGGUAGGGUGGUGGGGGGCGUUUGGGGGGGGUUUGGUAUACUCGUAUUGGCUUUGCAACUGUGGGAGAAUGUGGACGUGCUGUAGCAUAACCUUUAAGAAAUUAAGAAAAGUCGUUUUUUUGGCCCUUGAGAUCCAUUUCCUCGGUU